CACCCUUCGUGUACUCAGUACUGUGUAGUCAGCAGCAACCUCGUGGUGUUGUGGAAAUUUGUGUGUGAUAUUCUCCAGGUUAUGUUCGUAACAACUAAAUACCUGAGUUGUUAGUGCUUGUUUUUGGCCUGACCGUUAAAAUCGCUACGUGUAUCUUCGUAAAAGAAACGGCUGAGUGUGUGACGUGCUGUCAGGAGCAGUUUGUCUACGAAGUAAUGUCCUCAUAUACUUAGUGGCUAACGAGAAAAGGCUGACAGUGAAAUUCAAAGGUUGCCCAUACUGUAGAACUGAAGCGAUGGACCAGGAGCCAACUAAGUGGAUAAAAAAAGAUGAAACUGAUGAAGUACAAACUGAGCUACACUUCAUAGGCCAAGAUUAUCCAUGCAGCUUGAAUGUAAAAGAAGAGUUGGAGGAGGGUGUGAAUAAAGAGUUUCUUGAAGACCCAUUAAAGGCUGGCGACCCUAGUGUUUGUGUAAAGCAAGACCCUGAACUGAAACGCUAUGCUUCUGGAUCUGAGCAUAAUUCUGUUGAAGAUCCAUUGGGAAUAUCUUUGUCCACUGAUUUUAUCAAGGAGGAUCCUGAAUUAAAUAUAACUGAGAAUACUGUGGAAACCUCAAUAAGAUGUGCAUCUGAUAGUGCAAGAUUUCCUCAGACUACUGGUGGGAGGUGCAGCAUAUCAUGUGAAGAACCUUGUCACCAUAGACUGGUCCAGGAUGAGUUGGUGAUAGACAUGGAGAAGUCAACACAUGGGUUCAGUACCAAUACAGAAGAUAUGACUGUUGAUAAGGAAUGCUCAGUUGCCACCCAAUAUGACUGUAGUACGAGGGAAAAGGAAUUACAUGUAUAUAGCUGUAAUUUCUGCCAACAGAGCUUUUCUUCAAAAUACAGACUCAUAAUGCAUGUGUUUAUGCACAUUGGUGGAACGCAACCACCUUCGUAUGUUUGUAAGUGGUGUGGUGAGGUAUUUCACAGUAAUGUUGGCUUGAAAAAGCAUAUGAGAAUGAGUGAGAAUUGUCGAGUUUUAACUGCAGACAGUCAUGAAAAAUAUGGACAUGGUGAUGAGCAUCAAACCACUACCUCGUUGGAUAGCGAGGCAGAAGUUUCUGUCACAGAACACAAUGACCAGUCUUCAUGUAAGGAAACUUGGAAAGAUUCAAACAAGCCCUCUAAUGACAUAUGUAACACACAUAUGACAAAUGAUAGAGAGAAAACAAGUAAUUAUGGAACUUUGUCUAUAGCUGCUAAUGUCAGUGCCCAGGCUGAUCUACUUACGGCAAACAGAACUCACAGAUGUGGCAUUUGUGGCAAAUUGUUUGCUAGGGUUGGUGUUCUCAACAGACAUGUUUCCAUUCAUACUGGGAAAAGACUUCACAAAUGUGAUAUUUGUGACAAAUGGUUUGCCCAGUCACGUUAUCUAAAGGCUCACACAUUAAUUCACACUGUGAAGAAACCUUACAUGUGCAAGAGUUGUGGGAAAUCUUUUACUAUGUUAGGUGAUCUCGAGAAACAUUCAUUAAUUCACACUGGAAAUAAACCUCACAAAUGUGAGAUUUGUGGGAAAUCUUUUGCUGCGUCAAGCAAUCUCAAGAAUCAUGGUUUAAUUCACACUGGAAAGGAACCUCACAAAUGUGAGAUUUGUGGGAAAUCUUUUACUAAGUUAGAUAAUCUCAAGCAACACUCAUUAAUUCACACUGGAAAGAAACCUCACAAAUGUGAGAUUUGUGGGAAAUCUUUUACUAGGUUAGGUGAUCUCAAGCAACACACUUUAAUUCACACUGGAAAGAAACCUCACAAAUGUGAGAUUUGUGGGAAAUCUUUUGCUGCGUCAGGCUAUCUCAAGAAACACUCGUUAAUUCACACUGGAAAGAAACCUCACAAAUGUGAGAUUUGUGGGAAAUCUUUUGCUGCGUCAGGCUCUCUCAAGCAACACUUCUUAAUUCACACUGGAAAGAAACCUCACAAAUGUGAGAUUUGUGGGAAAUAUUUUACUAUAUUAGGCAAUCUUAAGAAACAUUUAUUACUUCACACUGGAAAGAAACCUCACAAAUGUGAGAUUUGUGGGAAAUCUUUUACUAUGUUAGGUGAUCUCAAGCAACACUCAUUAAUUCACACUGGAAAGAAACCUCACAAAUGUGUGAUUUGUGGGAAAUCUUUUGCCGCGUCAGGCUCUCUCAAGCAACACUUAUUAAUUCACACUGGAAAGAAACCACACAAAUGUGAGAUUUGUGGGAAAUCUUUUGCUGCGUCAGGCUCUCUCAAGAAACAUUCAUUAAUUCACACUGGGAAGAAUCCUCACAAAUGUGAGAUUUGUGGGAAAUCUUUUACUAUGUUAGGUGAUCUCAAGAAACACGCAUUAAUUCACACUGGAAAGAAACUUCACAAAUUUGAAAUCUGUGGGGAAUCUUUUGCUACAUCAGGUGAUCUCAAGACACAUGCAAUUCAACACACUGGAAGUGGACCUCAAAAAUGUGGUAUCUGUGACAAAAGUUUCACUUACUUGGAUACUCUCAAGACACAUGCAUUACUUCACGUCAGAAAGAAAUUUGGUGUGGUGGUGCCGAGGCAACAGCUGUGCUGACCAUGUACUGAGCCAGCAGGGACAGCAUGAGGGCUGCCAAGAUACAUCAGCUGGGCAGUGGCUAAGCUGGUGCAAUGGUGAUGCCAGUGGACAGUGAUGGAGUAUUGUGGUUCAGAAUGACAGCAUUGGGGCCAGCAAAUGUUGUUACCAGUUGUGAAGGUCUAGCCUCGCAGAUCAUGAAAGGCUGUAACACUGCAUCUGAUGGGUGCAUCAUCGAAGGUUGGUUGGUUAUUUCCAUACAAAAGGAGGCCUAGCUCAAUAACAUUAAUAAGAUUUAUUACUUUUCCUAUAAUCUCUGCAGUUUGUAGUAUAAAAGUUAAAAUUACAAAGUUAUUGAAGGAUACAUUACAAACUGAUUAUAUAUCCAUAAUAAACUAAUCUCAUUAAGACAACUGUAACACUUUCAUUGUUUUAUUAAAUCUUAUUUCAUGUACUUAGGUUGACAACCCUGUAGCCAGGCAGAUGUGCGUGUAUGAAGCUCUCACUAAGUUAAGCGAUUAAUAUUGGAAUAAGAGCUAAUUUAGUUAAUAUUACAUUUUAGACUAGUGCAUUUACUUCUUAUCUAAUCUAUGUAUUGAAGGUUUUGCUUUUCUAAACGUAAUUACAUCGAAAAGGAAAUGUUUUGUAAAGGCCGGCAGUUGCGUUGUUGUUUACAUAUUUUGGCGUAAAUUUCGUAUGA